CUCUACACCACAGAGGGUUAAAGUCCCUCUGCUGCUGUUCUGUUUAACUAAUGAGGCAACAGGCAGCAGCACAGUUACAGACACAGCUUACAGGCUGGUUCACGUCUCACGACUGCUGCACUAGCUCUUUUCUGCACAGCUUUCACAAGAAGUGAUGGUUCGACGUGUUGCUGUCAUCGGAGCAGGAAGCUCCGGUCUGGCCUGUAUCAAAGUCUGCUUGGAUGAAGGCUUGGAGCCUGUCUGCUUUGAAAGCAGUGACGACAUUGGUGGUCUGUGGAAAUUUAAACUUUGUUUUUCUGAGCCUGCAGGAGUCACCGGAACCAGAGCGAUCCAGCAUCUACCGCUCUUUGGUGGUAAACACCUCCAAAGAGAUGAUGUGUUUCAGUGAUUUCCCCAUGCCUGAUGACUAUCCCAACUUUAUGCACAACUCCCAGCUGCUGCAGUACUUCAGGCUCUACGCUGAGCAUUUUCACCUGCUCCAACACAUUCAUUUCCAGACCACAGUGAGGAGUGUUACACAGAGGCCAGACUUCUCUGGAUCUGGUCAGUGGGAUGUAGUGACCAUAAACAAAAACAAUCAGGAAGAAAAACACAUAUUUGAUGCAGUUCUUGUGUGUUCAGGACACUAUACCCAUCCAGCCUUACCUCUGUCUGACUUUCACGGACAUGAAACAUUUUUUGGCAGGCUUCUUCACAGCUGGGAAUACAAAGAUGCAGAUUCCUUUAAGGGGAAAAGGGUGGUGGUUGUUGGCAUUGGUAACUCUGGGGGAGAUGUUGCAGUAGAGAUUAGCAGGUCUGCAGAGAAGACAUUUCUCAGUGUAAGGGAAGGGGUCUGGGUGAUUAGCAGAAUGGCUCAUAAUGGCCUUCCUCUGGAUAUGACACUUAUCUCCAGAUUCAACAGCCUCCUACUGAAGCUGCUCCCUAAGACAUUCAUCAACUGGUCAUCAGAGAGGGCACUAAACCAGAAGUAUGACCAUAGACUCUACGGUCUGAAGCCCAGACACAGACUAUUGGACAGAAAACCUCUGAUCAACGAUGAUCUUCCAGGCCGGAUUCUUCACGGAGCUCUUGUCAUGAAGCCUAAGAUCCGAGGGUUCAAGGAUUCAGGCGUCAUAUUUGAAGACGGCACAGUUGAAGAAAACAUCGAUGCUGUGAUCUUUUGCACAGGUUACAAAGGAGUCUUCCCAUUCUUGCCUUCUGCUCUGUCCGAAGGACCACAGGAAGAGCUGACGUUGUACAAACGAGUGUUUCCUCCGUCUCUACAACAUCCCACGCUGGCCAUCAUGGGUCUGUUCCAAACAAAGGGACCAAUUAUGCCAACUGUGGAGAUGCAGGUUCGCUGGGCAGUUAAGGUGUUUUCAGGUUUCGCCCGUCUUCCAUCGAAGCAGAAAAUGCUGGAAGCCAUAGAGGUCGAGAGGAGGUUAAACAUUCACAGCUACCCUAAUCCUCAACAAGCUGUUCUCCAAGUGAAUUUCAUCCAAUACUUGGAUUUCAUGGCCAACGAGAUUGGUGUUAAACCAAAUCUUCUGAGACUAUUCCUAACAGACCCAGUCCUCUGGGUAAAGGUCUUCUUUGGUCCCUGCACUCCCUACCAGUAUCGCCUCACUGGGCCCGGACAGUGGGCAGGAGCCAGACAGGCUAUCCUCACACAGUGGGAACGGGUUGCUAAGCCUUUUAAAACCAGAGUGGUACAAGAGCCAGAGGCGCAGAGGUCUUUGCUGCGUUCUCCCUGGUUAAUGGCAUGCGCAGCAACUACCGUCAUGGCAUUGCUUUUGUCAAAUAAGAUUGUCCCACUCGCCCAACAUGCUUCUCAGGUGCUGGACAGGUGCAGCAGGUUUCUUUGGGACUAGAAGCCCACAGACUGGCCUAAAAAGUUAGUUUAAAUUGAUCACCAUGUAGGAGAUGAAAAAAACAACAUAGAGGCAGGUGCAUUAAAAGAGAAUGCAGUGUAAAUCGGAUCAGCUUCUCAUGAGUUUGUCUUAUUUUAUGCUUGUUUGCAGUUACUAUUCAAACAUCAAAUAAAAAAUACCAAUCUAAAAAUCAAACUACUGUAUAUUGGCUUUGGGGUUCCAUUGCAUGUCACAGUUUGUUACUAUGAGUAAAUGAGGAUCCAGCAAUGAGUUGAACCUCAGGCAAGAAUCACUGCUAAUUAUUUUUAUGUGAUUGGAUAUAGCAGCAUUAUGGGAUAAUGCACAGUUUGACUGCAUACAGCUGUGCUUGAAAGUUUACAUACCUCGCAAUGAAGAAAAGAUAACAAAUAACACAACACCGAACAAGGUUUUAACCAAAUGUAAUAAAUAAUAAUGUAGUAAAAAAAAGGUUAAGAUUUUUUCUUUAAACAAAUAAUUAAAAGAAAACAAUCUGUCCAAGACAAAUGAAAGUA